CUCACAGUUGCUGGGAACAAUCUGUCCAAAAUUUUCGGGAACAAGAAAAUGAGCAUCCUCAUGCUGGGCUUAGACGCCGCCGGAAAAACCACCAUCUUGUACAAGCUGAAGCUGGGACAGUCGGUCACGACCACUCCCACGGUGGGCUUCAACGUGGAGACCGUCACCUACAAGAACGUCAAAUUCAAUGUCUGGGAUGUUGGCGGCCAGGUCAAGGCUCGUCCCUUGUGGUCGCACUUCUACCAGGGCACGCAGGGACUAAUCUUUGUGGUGGACUGUGCCGACCGGGACCGCAUCGACGAGGCACGGCAGGUGCUGCACAAGAUCAUCAAAAACAUCGAGAUGCGCAAUGCCAUCAUACUGGUCUUUGCUAACAAGCAGGACCUGCCCAACGCCAUGAAGCCGCACGAGAUCCAGGAGAAGCUCGGGCUGACGAGGAUCCGAGACCGAAACUGGUACGUGCAGCCGGCGUGCGCCACGACGGGCGACGGGCUCUUCGAGGGUCUCACGUGGCUCACAUCCAACUGCAAGUUCUGAGGCCGGCGGCAUCGA